GAUACAUAAUUUUCUUCAAGUCAUAAUUAAUGUCGAGUAAUCCCCCUCAAGUAGCCGUCCGACCAUGGUAUUGGUAGAUGCAGAUGAACCACUGAUUCAAAUGGAUCAAUAGGAACUCUUUUCGAGUACAGGUUGAACACUCCUGUACAAUUUAUUAGUUUAUGGUCAAUAAUUCAUUACAUCAUUUUGAUCACAGUGAACUAGUGUUUGCAUUACGGAGACAUCAAAAUCUGUCCAACGGCGAUCAUUGUUUUUCUGCACAAGGCUUCUCUACCUAUAAGACUAUUAUCACAUCGAAUCUCUGGACAUUGUUCAGUUUGCCUCAUCAAAAAGAGUCUGUUCUACUUUAAGGAAUCAAAUAUACGAUAUCAAUAGUUAAUUUUCUUUGGAUUGAGUACGUUGUGCUAAGUUUCAUAUAGAAAUCACACAAAUUCACAAAUAUUCAGCAAAAUGAGAGGCCAGAAAUACGUACAACUUCUGGAUGGCGUCGAUAUAAAAGACCCAGAAGCAAUUCGUCGUGUUGUCAGGCAAGCUGUCACGCUUCCACCAAUUGAUGAAGUUGCGAGACAAGGAAUUAAGGCCUGCGUAUCUGGGCCGGUAUCGAGUUUACUUGGUACUUCAAUCUUGCACCCUACGCUGGUUGAGCAAAAAGCCGCGAUCGACAUUCAGAAGCUAUGGAAGCGUGGCAAAAGAUAUCCAGUACAUAUCAAACGCUUAAUCCAGGAUUGCGAUGUGACAAGGGCAGACUUUUUGGUUAUUAAAGGGGUACAAGAUGCGCGGAAGUACUGUUUACAGGCUCAAGAAGAAGAAAGAAGUAAUGAGGAGUAUCGAGACCCUCCGAGUCCUGACGCCAACGAGUACCAGGAUCUUCCUGACGAGGAGGAUGUUCAAAAACUACCCCAAGCACCGAACGAUACAUACAAACAAGAGAAACGAAAAUUCGCCGACCAUUUGAGAGAAACAAGCCUUCCGAAUAAAAAGCAAAAGAGGAAACAAAGUGUUGAAGAGCAAUCUUCUACAAGAAAGACUUCAACCGAAAUGCAGAAUUUUGAGAUGCAGGAGAACCAAAUUGAACUUACGCCUUUAAACGAGCCAGCCAAAGAUGGCAUCAGCAAUAGUAGAAAGCAGGCUGUUGAAUCAGGCAAGCCCAAGAGCACCCCUGGAACUCGAAUGUUGAGUAGUCUAAGAGACCACAACGCAGUUGGUAUUACCAAGUCACCGGAUAAAUCGGCGAUUCGUCUAACAAGAAAUUCUCGGACGAGAAGUGAGAAUCACGGGAUUGGUUCAAACGAAAUCGUUCCACCCCCUCAAGUCAUCUCCCCACAAAUUGAUUCUCAUGAGAGUCAGAAUUCAAUUAAUGCUUUACCAAAAAAACUGGAUGAUUAUGAUGAACCUGGGGAGGAAGAAACACCAGCGAUUGGUAGAAUGAGACAGCGUAAAACUGUGAAACAGCAGCAGGAGCUGAUUCUUGACGAAGAAAAUAAUGCUUACAUUUCUGAACCACAAAUCACAGGGGUUGUAAAGAAGGGGGGUCAUGGAGGCGCUAGACGUGGGCCAGCUUGGGAAAAAAGAAGGAUUGAAAAAUAUAACGGCGCCCAACUCUCCAAUCGCGAGAGCCAAGAAGAUCAGUUGGGCAAUGAGAGUCACCCGAUCAGAAUAGAAAAUAGUUCAGAUAAUGAAACUGUGGUCCAAGGGCAACUAGACAACCAGAAAGAAGAUAUCGAGAUGGAGGGUAUGCAACGAACUACUCGCGAUACGUGGUCGGAGUCUGAGUGAAAGAUUGUUUGAGCAAUUAUGAGACGAUCUACUUCCUGUUAUUGGGACGGAAAGGUCCCCAUAAGAUUUUGUGGAUGGGUUUCGAGUUUCAAGAUCCCACGGCUAGAGUGAUAGAUUGAAUGAAUGGCUGGCUGGUAACGAUAGGAUAUCAAAGUGAGAAGUUGGUUUUCUGAAUGAAAACAUACAUAUUUUAUCUCAAGACUUGAAUGUAAUAAGAUAAACAUAAAUCUUCUACACUCAUGAUAGAAAUUCAUUCUGUAACACCCA